UUAUAUAGCGCUUUUAACAAUACAGAUUGUGUCAAAGCAGCUUUACAGUAAUACAAAUAGUGUGUAAUAAUGCAAAAGGACAACAGUAAACAUUCAAUUUUAAGUUAAAGUCAGUUCAUCAUUGAUUCAGUGAUGUCAUCGUCCAGCUCAGUUCAGUUCAAAUACCGCAUUGACCUGAAUAUAAGACGACCCUGAUUAUAAGACAACCCCCAUUUUCAAGAUGUACCUUUUGGAAAAAGGCUUUUUGAGAACCGAAUCUUGUGUUUUAUUAAGAAAAAAAAAAUUCUUAAAUUACUUUCAUAUCGCAUAUUUUUCCUAUUUUAAUUUUUGUUUUGAAUGUAUGGUAAAUUCUGGUCAAAUGUACCAACAAUCACAUUUAAAAAUAUACACUUUUUGAUAUAUCAUAAAAAUAACAGGUAGCACAUAUGAAUUAUAUAACAAUUAGGCUAUUCAUCUCAUAGUUGCCAACCAAAAUUUCUGGUAAUGUCUUAUGUUUUAAAAUCACUUACAGAGGAAGUUUGAUUCCAUCAGGCUAACAUGACAGUCACGACUCAUGCUGCUGUAAGCUUUUCUUUUUCUUUUGUUUUCGCUCGCAAACUUCUAACAUUAGGACAUACAUUACAUAAUGUAUUUCUUGGCACACUCGUUUUACGCGUAUUUGGCACCACCUAUUGUUGUGGGUGUAUUUUUGACAUGUCAAAGUCAAGACCCUGAAUAUAAGACGACCACAUUUUUUUUUCCAGAUGUAUUUCCAAGAAAAAAAACAUUGUCUUAUAUUCGGGUCAAUACGGUAGUAGCCUAUCUGUGCAUUCAAGUUGACGAUAUUGCUGGAAAUUUAGUGUCCCCAACUAAGCAAGCCAGAGGCGACAAAGGAACCAAAACUCCAUCAGUGACAGAAAUGGAGAAAAAAAACCUUGGGAGAAACCAGGCUCAGUCGGGGGGCCAAAUAUCCUCUAGCCAGACGAAACCAGCAGUUUAAUUCCAGGCUGCAGCAAAGUCAGAUUGUGCAGAGGACUCAUCUGGUUCCCGUGCUCUUGUGCCAAUGGCCAUCUAGGUGACGUGGUCUUCACUGGGGAUCUGUCUCUGGGGCUCGUCUAGUUGUCCUGGUCUCCGCUGACAUUCAGGGCUGUAGAGAUUGUCUCUGGGUGCUGAUCCACCAUCUGGUCUGGAUACGGACUGGAUCUGUGUGACUACAGUGACCUCAGAAUAAGAAUGAAACAGACUAAUUAGCAUAGACGCCAUUCUUCUUACGAUACAACAAGUACAUCGGGUGUUAAAAGGUGUUUUCCCGGUUCUGGUUGACCUAAUUAAUGCAGUCUAACAAUCUUUUAAUGCAUUUAAAUAAUAGAAAUGUGUUAGUGUGUUACAUGUAAGCGAGGUUAAAGAGAUGGGUCUUUAAUCAUGUCCCUUCAUUCAGUUCCAAAUGAAAUAGUCUGGUAGUGGUGUGAGUUACUCAUGUUUUUAUCGCAGGUGGGAUGGAGAGUGGUAUUAUUGGAGGAAAAGAUGCUAAACCUCUUUCCAGGCGAUACAUGGCAUCUAUUCAGAUUGCUAAAAGUCACAUAUGUGGAGGAAUGCUGAUCAAAGAGGAUUAUGUACUGACAGCAGCCCACUGUUUAAAUAACAAUGUCUGCUCUGAUCAGGACCAUAUUGAGGUUGUUCUGGGAGCUCAGAACAUUAACAAGGUGGAGAAGAACCAGCAGAGAAUCCCAGUGAUGAAACACAUCAAACAUCCUCUGUCUGAACAUAACAACGAGAAGGAUUACAGCUAUGAUAUCAUGUUACUAAAGCUGAAGAACAAAGCCAAGCUGAAUAAAUUCGUGAAAGUUAUGCCUCUUCCUAAGAAAAAUAGAAAAACACGAGCCAAUACUAAAUGCUCCAUUGCUGGUUGGGGGUCGAAAUCCCCAAAAGGAGACAAGGCAUCAGAUGUGAUGCAGGAAGUCAAGCUUAAACUGCAGGAUAACUCAAAAUGUAAAGAAAUGUGGCAGUGGUACUUCAACUCUGAGAGAAUGAUCUGCAGUGUUUCAGAUGGAAAACAUGCUUUUUGUAAGGGGGAUUCAGGAAGUCCUCUCAUCUGCAAUACUAUACCACAAGGAAUUGCUUCAUAUACUUUUGAUGGUAACUGUACAAAUACAGAAUAUCCUCAAGUUUAUGUAAAAAUCUCAUACUUCCUCCCUUGGAUUAAAACGAUCAUUGGUUAA